GAGCCUGACUCCAAGUCUCUUUUGUCUCAGGAAAGUUUAUAUUUGCCACAAAUUUAUUUGCACAUAUUUUAUGACUGAUGUUUUAGAGAGCUUGGUAUUAACACACCUUUAAUUCGCUUUCACAAUCUUUAUGCAUUUCUGCAAUAAAUUGAUCAAAAAAUCCCCCAAAGCUGUGGGAAUGAUCUUCAUUAAGAAUAUGUUUUUAUUUGCAGGUGAUCUUCACUGGGACUGGGCGAAAGGAAGCAGCCCUGGCUCGCGUGUGCUGUGCCUUUCCAGCUGCUGCAGGGGCAGAAGGUUGACAGAGGCAGUGCUGCUGUUGCCGCAGCAACCGGUUUGUUGACCCGUCAUGGUAUUCUGAGCCACCUCCCAGAAUCCUGAGUCGCACCUUUGGAAAGAAAUUCAGUGCUGCUGCUGCUGUGGAGACAGAGGCUGCGAGAGAACUGGGAGCAAACCCGCCCCAGUGAAGGGAAACUGAGGCACUCAGCCAGGGUUUGGCUGUGGGAGCGGCGUCAGGCAAGAGGUUCCACAUUCCAAGAACUGAGGUGCGUUUUAUGCAGAAACAUCCCAAGAAACAAUGGCCAGGCUGGUGCAAGCUCCCCCCAAGUUUCAUCCCUCCGAGUGGGACAUCGCAAACAAGAUGCAGCGUGCCAGUGCGGAGGCGCAGAAAUCCCAGUCCGAGCGCCUGACAGCUGAGAGUCAGAGGCUGCUGGAUGAAAUAGAAAGGACAACUCGGAAAACCCAGAGUGAUGUCAGCAAGAAAAUAGAGCAGAGACGGGAAGAAAUAAAAUUCUGGAAGCAAGAGUUAGAUAACAAACUUGCACAAAUUGUUCAUGAGACAGAGGUACUGCUGACUUUCAAGACUAGGCUGGAGAAAUCUCUAGAGGGCUGCAAAGAGCCACUCGCCAUUGCCCAAAAGUGUCUCCUGACCAGGCAGCGGCGAGUUGGGAUUGACUUGGUGCAUGAUGAAGUGGAACGGGAACUGAUGAAGGAAGUUGAAGUCCUCCAGGAGGCUAUGGCCCUGCUUAAACGUACCUUGGAACAGACCAAUGAGCAAAUCAGAAUAAACCGUUCCACAAAGUACAACCUGGAAAUGGACCUGAAGGACAAGUUUACAGCUCUGACUAUAGAUGACUACUGUGCGAACGUGGCAAGCAACACUCCUGAUAUUGGAUACACUGAUAACGCAGUAAAAAUGGAAGGAAACUUUGUUAGCCCUGAAGAGUGGGUAGAUUUCUCAAAUGUAAACAUUAAAAAGGCUGACAAGCAGAGAAACAAUUCUUUGGCACUGCAGGCGCUGAUUGAUAGCAUCCUCUCACAGACAGCGAAUGACAUGCGCAAGCAGCGUGAGGUGGUGGAUGUUGCAUUUAAAAAUAGGGUGAAGGAAGUCAAGGAUGCCAAGCACAACCUGGAGACACUCCUUGCAAUGGUGAUGGAUGAGACCGCCUCGCAGGAGAAGAACAUUGCAGCCCUAAAGAAAGCAAUCGCUGAUAAAGAAGGACCCAUUAAAGCGGCUCAAACCGUCUUGGAAGCAAGAAACCAUCGCCCCAAUGUGGAAUUAUGUUAUGACACAGUGCAAUGUAGGCUGAUUAGUGAAGUUCAAGAGAUUAAAACAAACAUUCAAAGACUAAUGGACACCCUGGCUCGGGCUGAGACAGAGCUGAAAGGACUGGGCCGGCGACAACUUUCCUUGGAGGAGGAGAUCCAGGUCAAGGAGAAUACAUUGCACAUUGACGAAGUGCUCUGCAUGCGAAUGAGAGAGUCUGCUCACAUUAACAACUUCUGAAGCCAUCAUACUCCAAAGAGCCAGCUCCUGCUGAAACUUUAUUGAGAAACCUCCUGAUUUAUUGGUUUGGCUCAAUGCUGUCUCGGUUCUACUUGUGCAGGGUAAUUAAAACAGACCUAAUACAGCUGUCUAUGCUCUAGAACCCCUCAUGAAAUCUCCCACUUAGCAAUAA